UUAUCAUUUGCAGAUGUCAACGUGACAGACCGCCCGUACGUAGACUUGUGCAAUCUCAUAGGAACAGUUCAAGGUAGCGACCAGGUACAGACAUUUUAUCAUUCAGACUCUGCAGUGUGUGAUUUAGAUUGUGGCAAGCUGAGCAUAAGACAAAAUGGGUGAAUGGGGAUUCCUGUCUUCAUUGCUGGAAAAGGUGCAAGCCCACUCCACGGUCAUCGGGAAGGUGUGGAUGACUGUUCUGUUCCUUUUUCGGAUCAUGGUGCUGGGAGCUGGCAUUGAGAAAGUUUGGGGCGAUGAGCAGUCCAAGAUGGUCUGUAACACCAAACAGCCGGGUUGCAAAAACGUGUGCUACGACAGGGCCUUCCCCAUCUCCCACGUUCGUCUCUGGGUGAUGCAAAUUAUCUUCAUCUCCACGCCGACCCUGAUAUACCUGGGUCACGUCAUCCACGUCACACAGAAGGAGAAAAAGCUCAGGGAGAAACUGCAGAGCAAUGCAGAGAAGCAAGGGCUGAAGAUGCCCAAGUACACAGACGACAAGGGCAAGGUCUACAUCAAGGGCAGCCUCCUGGGCAGCUACAUGACCAGCCUGGUGUUCAAGAUGAUCCUGGAGGUUGCGUUCAUCGUGGGCCAGUACUACCUCUAUGGCUUUGUGUUUGUGCCCAAGAUAGAGUGCGAAGGGGACCCGUGCCCCUACAAGGUGGAGUGCUUCAUGUCGCGGCCCACAGAGAAGACCAUCUUCAUCAUCUUCAUGCUGGCGGUGUCCUGCGUGUCCCUGCUGCUGACCGUGGUGGAGAUCUUCUACCUGAUGUGCAGGAGUAGCAAGAGAGGCCCCGGCUACAGUGGAAGAUACCAGUUGGAUUACAGUGCAGGGAAAAUUUAACACUCAACUUCAGUGGUCAAACAAGAAAACACAGACAGACAGGCAGACAUAGUUACUAGUCACAUACUGAGAAGACAGUGAUUUAUGUUGGGCGUGGUGGAGCAGCGGCAAUGUCACCGACGGACAAUCGGUUGGCCUGAGUUUGAUUCCCGCCAUUGUGAGUUCAUAUCACAUUGGAUAAAAGUGUCUGCUAAAUAUCAGUCUUUAACUUUAAAGGAGAAAUCGGUUUUACAAGGUUACAAGUUUGUAGCAACUCGAGCUAGGUAAAACAGAUUGUUUUGGGGGUUUUUCGUCCGACAGUUCUUGGUGACCUCGAGAAACGGAUUUCUCCUUUAACUUUAACUUUAUUCACCAAACCAGGUAUCUAUGAGAUGAUUCUGGAGGAGUAACCAAUGGAUAGAAUGAACAAAUGAUAGCUAGAUAGAUAGAUGUGUAUAUUGUACAAUGAAGAACAUUGGUGUAUUUAUUUGCUGUUUUUUACGUGUAUCAGAGGGAAUGUUUUCAUUGCUGUAAAAAUGAAUGGACAUAUUGUGAGUGUUGUAAUGAGAUGCAUCACUUUACAUGAGACUAUACAAUGUUUAAAAUGAGAUUGCACUGUAUGUGAAGGACGGAAGGAAAAGCCUUAGUUCCUUCUGAAGGUCUGUAAGAAAAAAGGCAUAAGUUUCAAAGGAUUUUCCCAUCAAUUUAGCAAAAAAUUCAAACUAAAUUAUACGUUAACACCGAUAUUUGCAUUUACAUCAGAAUUGUCCUGUCACUCUGUUCCAGUAUUUUGUAAUUGAUAUGCAACUUGUUUCAUAAACACUGCAGUAACAAUUAAAUGUAAAUAAAAUGUCAUAUUUACAGCAAUUCAAAUGUUUAACAAUGCUGACAGAACAUUGUGAUGAAAAUACAUUGUUUUUGUUUCUAUAUUUAUAUUUUUGAUUUGUCACUUCACAUUUGUUAAUUAAAAGGAUCAAAAA